AUGGUCUCCAAUAAUCUGGAACCUGUUUUUACAACAUGGAUGACGUUACCUAAAGUCACAGCAACCUGCAAUUCUCGAUUGCACACCUACUUUUUGCCCUUCGAAACGAAUACGGAGAAUACGUGUGUAGAGACAUUGCAACCUCUCAUUAAGUUCGACGAAGUAUUGGAUGUAAAUCCAGCAUUUAAAAACACGUGCUGCAAAACACUCCCAAGUAUCCAGGCUGGUGAUUUCGGUUUUGUAUGUAACAACAUUGUGACAAAGUCUGCUAAAGUCUACUACGAUGGCGGCACUUCAAAAACAAUUUUCACACUUCGAGAAAAUCAACGACCCAAAAUUGAUCGCACAAUCGAACAAGAAUCAACUGAUGCUUUAUCGACCAACAGAAUUGCAAAAAAUGUGGAUUCUUUGGCAAAGCCGGAAUUGAAGACACCAGAAAUUCGGCAGCAUCAACCACGAGGUUUGUUUGAAACAUUGCAACAACCGAAAACGGUGGUGAAAACGCAAGGAUGUACGAUGGGUGCAGCAAAGCCAUCCGUGUUCUCGAAAAUAGAUCGCGUUUCUUUCAUGAAAUUGCAAUCGUUUUCCUGCGACGCUUCAAAAAGAUCUGCCGAUUGUAAGACAGACGAUAAGUCGCAACGAUUGAAACGCAAAGACGGGACCAAGGACAAUGGUGUGUGUACUCAGGAGAUUGUGAGGAGUCGCAGUCGAAUCGAGAAAAGGCUCUGUGGAAAGACGCAGCGGAAAGACACGUGCGUCUCGUCCCAAGAUGACGCGUGUGGGGAACGACAGCAGAGAAAAUCUAAGCCAUGCAAAAGUUACACGUGUCCCGAACUGAAAAGGAGAAUGCCAUGCAAUUGGGACGCGGAGCGGUGUCCUGAGGAUAGUCGGAAACAUGAUAUGAAACGAGUCUCGCCGAGGGAUCGUGCGCGACAAUCGAGAGAUUCUAAUUGUUUGCAGGAGCAGGGUAUUGAUACGCAAUACAGUAAAAAUGUGAGAAACGACGCGAGAAACGUGACAUUAGCGAGAAAGAGCGGCGAAAGUGCACCGGAAAAAGUCGAAAACGAACCAACAGCUGCCGCAAAAGAAAUUCUUCCGGAGCAGGUGAUAAAAACUGUAGCAAGCUGCAGCAAAGACAAAGAUCGUAAACAGGGUCCGUCUUGCGAGAAACGAAAGAGAAAAUGCGCGACCAAGGAAAAAGAUAAAAUCAUGAAAAAGUGCGUGAAAGGCCCAGCUAAAUGUAUAUCGAGAAAAAAGGCUAUCGAUAAGAAGAAAACUUGUCGGUCUACACAAAAAGAUAAACGCAAGGAAUCAUGCGAAUCCACGAAAAAGUACAAUCGUGAAGAAUUUUGUACUAACAGAAAGAAAGAAUUUAUGAAAGAUGAAAAGCCUAAGGAACAAUCAAUAAAGCAACAGAUAGAUCGUGAAUACAAGGAGAUAGAUGAAUGCAAGAAGGGCUUCAAGAAAGAAAGUAAGGACAAUAAGGCCAAAAUGGUUUGUACAGAACACAAACUGACAGACUUGAACCGCACGAUCAGUUCAGAUAAAAAACAACAAAGGAAGGAUAAUGAAAAGCUUGGGUGUGUGCUUAACGAAUUAGUCAUUUCUACCGAUACCAUCUUCAAGUGGCUCAACGGUCAAUCUAGGAUUAUUAAUAGCAAAGUUCCAAUUGUGGCCAAAGAUGUCAGGCUAUUCAACAUAACGUUUGAUCGAUUAUUCUCUACCGCAAAACUGGAUUAUCAGGAUGAUUUUGCUAUCGAGCGAACCAUGAGCGAUGGUAAAAUCCUUCAGAAUUAUUCUGCGAAUAGCGACGAUGAAUUGCCAAGUUACGUUGAAAUAGAGCACCAGGACGAAGAAGAUGAAGUUUACGAUUGAACCACUUUUCGAGGGGUCGCCAGAGCCGAUUGAAAAUGUCCCGUGCAAAAGUCGCAGUAAAUAAUAAUUGAAUGUGCAAAACAGUACAAAACCGCUUCAUUAUAAUUGUUUUACAUUUUGUCGUAAUAUGACGUAAUAUAUCUUUGACGAAUGCGUUGGUGACGCAAUAAAACACAGCCCGCAGUAUAACUGCAUUUACGC